GUUCCCAAUUCAAACCCUAAUUUCCAAUUUCGCUGCCGUCGUUUCCACUUCGCCGUGGCGCCAUUGUGAUCGCCGCCACCAGGAGCUCCUCAAUGAUCUGGUCGUGUAGCCGGCUCGAACUCAGCGGCAGGUGCCGGAGCUGGGGACGGCCUGGCGGAGCUGCGGAUCGAGAUGCGAAAAUAUCCUAUGUAAUCUUAAUCGGAUUGGAAUUCUUAUUAGAAAAGAAUUCGAAUUGGAGAAGGUGUUCUUUUUUUUUUCUACGAAUCCGAAUUCUUAUUCGAAUAGAAUUCAAAUUGGAGAAAGUGUUUCUUUUUUUUCCAUAAAUUAUAUAUAGAUAGCACUGUAUUAUGUAAUUAUAAACCUUGAAAAUAAAAGAGUUCAAGCUCUUGUGCUUCUUUGGCUCCUUGAAACUCUGCAACUCCAGUGAAUCAUGGGAAAAAGUAGGAUUGACAAGGAGAAGGUCGUGGACAAACAAAAAGCUUUGCUAGAGAAAAACACCACUAGACGAGAGCGAAAUCAAUAUGUGGCCACUGAUUUAUCCAAGCCUGACAAUAAAAUUGAUAUUGUAUCUAAUUCACAAUCUAUAAGUAAACGAAAAAUAGAUGACUUUGUGGAUGCUCUCAGUAAUAAGAGAGUAUCAGUACGAGAGAAGGCUUUAAUUGUGGUUAUGGAUCUCUUGGAAAGUAAUGGGUUUGGUGAAGUAUUGGAGUCAAGAUACAUUACGUUAUUGUAUGAGUAUCUCAAAUUUAUUGAGAAGGGGACAAUCAAAGAAGCUUCAAUUGCUUGCCGUUCCGUUGGAUUAUUGGCUAUUUGCAUUGGUUGUACAAGCAAGGUUCAGGAAAUCAUAGAACAUUCAACUCCGAUUUUUUCUAAAGUUCUUGAAUCACGGCUUAACCCACAAGUUAGAUCAUCUCUAUUCCAAUGUAUUGCUAUCGUCACUUUUGUUAGUAAUAAUCCAUGUGAAACCCAAAUGUAUAUGAAAACCAUUUGGGAGGCAAUUGAGGAAAAUUCAAAUUCUAAUCAUGGACAGAAUAAUAAGAUUAAAUCGUCUGUGUUGGUGACUGACUUGACAGCAUGGUCAUUUCUGCUGACAAAGUUGGACCAUUGGAGGAUUGAUUCAAACAAGUGGAAAGGUUCAAUAUCAUUGUUGACCACAUUGCUCGAGGAUGCAGAUUCAUCUACUAGAAUAGCCGCUGGUGAAGCCAUUGCUCUAAUUUUUGAGACAGGUAGAGCGUAUAAUUUCUGCAUAGAAGAGGGCGAUUGUGAAUUUGUCAAGGACACAGUGAAAACUCAAGCAAGCCGAUAUUCAAGUGAAGCUAAGCAAAAUGAAGAGAAAAGUGUUUUUGAUGACAUUUUUGUAUUUUUGAAUGAUGGUACAUUUCAGGAUAAAUCAAUAAAAUUUGCAAAUAAACACGGAGAGCUGAAAGUGUCAACAUGGGCAAGAGCCAUUCAGUUGAAUUUUAUCAAGUGUUUUCUUGGGGCUGGUUUCCGCAAUCACAUGCAGAGCAAUGAGUUCCUUCAAGAUCUUUUUGGUUUAUCAGAAGAGGAUGAUCAUCAAACCUGGGAUGAAAAGACGGUAAAUUAUACAUCUCACAAGGAAAGAAUGCAAUUGCGAAACAAGCAGAGGAAAUUGGUUGAGGAACAACAUUUUUGUUUCGACUCUGAAGAAGGAUUUGCCUGACUAUUUUAUACAGUUUUUUAUUUUUUUAUUUUUUUAUUUUUGUGUGUAUAUAUGCAUGUGUAUGUGUAUAUACAUACAUCAAUUUUUAUUUUGUAUUAAAACAAUUUUAUUAUACAUUUAAUUACUAAUCAAUGAAUUGUCGAUUUUUUC